AUGCACCACUUUUCGUGGACCACCGCCCUUGCGGCCCUGCUCUCCCUCGGGAGCGUAGAGGGCUCAAUGUCUAUCAUGCCGUUGCCUCAAGAAACCCCUAUCGGCUUGAUGGCCGCGGUUGGCAUGUCUCCAAAGCCUACUGAUCCGCCAGGUGUGCCACCCGGCUUUCCUCGCGAGCUGUUACCGCGGAAGGACAAAACGACAUUGCCUCUUCCUCCGCCUGGGUACUACUGCGGCUUAGUCACUAGCGAUCCCGAUAACUUGCUGACCUGCGUCAACGCCCGAGCCAACUGCGUCCAUCAGGGCACCGCCAUUGGCUGCUGCAUUAGCAGCGAAAUCACCGACUGUACGAACAUCCCAUCUAGUUGCAUCAACUAUGGCGACGAGUGCGAUGCUUCCUGCAGAAGCAACCGCAGGAUCUUGAAAUGCACCACCACCACCGAACCGUACUGCGGAACGUACUUCUUCGGUGGCGGAUCGAAACUGUUCGGAUGUCGGUCCUAUGCCUCGGUUUCGUCACAAGUCCAGCAACUCACCGAUUACUACGAGUCUGUCUAUGGCUCCUCUUGGAGAACCCACCUGACUUCCUCGAGCUCAUCCGACUUUGACCUGCCUUCCGCCCCUCCCGAGCCUACGCAAACCGAAGAGUCGACCCCGCCUGCACCAGAUGAAACUUCUUCUUCCCCAGCCGGCCCAUCACAAUCCACUGGGCCUUCAGAGUCACAAGAUGACGACGAUGAUGAUGACGGCACUGGCAGAGGCAAACGAAAGAAGAGUCUCUCCGGCGGUGCCAUCGCCGGUGUCGUCGUCGGCGCCUGCGCUGGCGUCGGAGCCAUCGCCGCUUUCCUCGUCUGGUUCUUCUGCGUGAAGAAGAAGGCUGACCAGAACAAUAAUGGCGCCGCUGCCGCCGGCGCCGGCGUUCCUCCUCCUGGGCCACCAAUGGCGCCCCACGAUCAAUACGGACAGCCUCAAAACGCAGCAAUGGGUUAUUAUGCACCACCACCGGCUGUGGAUAACAAGCCCCUCGACGGCUCCCAACCUCCUCCUUCAUAUGGCUAUGACAAAGUGCCCCAAACCGAUAUGGCCGAAAUGCCUGGUAAUCUCCAACCACCGCCGCCGCAGCAGCCGAUGCCGCCGCAGGGUCAAGCAAAUGAUUAUUACAACCAGCGUGUGAGCAUGGGUCCGCCAAGUCCUCUGAGCGGUAGCAGUCCCGGGAGUCCCAAUGGCAUGCACCCAACGCAUACAGGCCCUGUGCCAGAGCAGAUUUAUGAAAUGGGACCCGGGAGAUAGGGGGAAAAAAAAGAAAAAGACGGUAAUGACAUACAUAAUCCUUGAGCAGAAAUACAGCAAUAUGAUAGCGAGGAACAAAAUCCUUAGUACAUAUAUACCAUACAUGCCUAAGUAGUAAAUUUAGGUGAAUGGGAAAAGGAUACAGGAAGCACAUCCAUCAAUAAAGGAAGAGAUACCAAAUUGGUGUUUUCUUUUCUUUUCUUUUUUUGGCAUAAACGUCCAGUUUUUUUCGUUUUUUUAAUGAUAUCCUGUCUUAUGUUAUUAUUACCUCUUUACCUUUUUUUUUUUUCUUUUUCUCUGUUUUUUUUUAACAUCUUGCAUGCCAGCUUCAUCCCACCUUUCUCUUCUGCCAGCGUUCGUUGGGCUUCUUUUUAUCCUUUCCCCCUGCUUUACGGAAACACGGUUGACUGCGGAGUCCAUUGGCCCUCUCUCUCCCCCUCUCGGUAUGUAUGUAUUUAACCCGCCCCUUAUACCAUACUUCCUCUCAAACUCACGCCUACAUGUUAGAGGUUCUCCCACUUCUCUCUUGGAGAAUCGAAGAUUAUCUAUUCUGUAUUUCUAAUAGCUUAAUAUACAUAUAUCCUAUAUGUCGAAGAUUACCUUAUCACUUACAUGUGUGUAAUAUUAUUCCUUUGUGUUCCA